UCCGGGGAGAGCCCAGCGACAGGCGGGCGGCCGCGGGGCCCCUGAAGCUUCGGGGGCCAUGGCCGGGGUCGCGUGCUUGGAGAAAACGGCGGACGUGGACGAAUGGUGCGACAGCGGCCUGGGCUCUCUGGGUCCCGACGCUGCGGCCCCUGGAGGACCGGGACUGGGCGCGGAGCUGGGCCCGGGGCUGUCGUGGGCGCCCCUAGUCUUCGGCUACGUCAAUGAAGAUGGGGACACAGCUCUGCACUUGGCGGUGAUUCAUCAGCACGAGCCCUUCCUGGAUUUCCUCCUAGGCUUUGCUGCGGGCACUGAGUACCUGGAUCUGCAGAAUGACCUGGGCCAGACAGCACUGCACCUGGCGGCCAUCCUGGGGGAGGCAUCCACAGUGGAGAAGUUGUAUGCGGCUGGCGCCAGGCUGCAAGUGGCAGAACGUGGUGGCCACACAGCGCUGCACCUGGCCUGCCGCAUGGGGGCGCACGCCUGUGCUAACGUGCUGCUCCAGCCCCGCCCCCGGGGGCCCAGGGGACCCCCGAGCACCUACCUCUCUCAGGGCUCUGACCACACCCCUGACACCGACCAUGCCCCUGACACCGAAGACAGCCCUGUUGCCUUGUACUCCGACUUGGAGAAGGAAGAUGAUGAGCAUGAGAGUGAGGAGGACUGGAAACUGCAGCUGGAGGCUGAAAACUACGAAGGCCACACCCCGCUGCAUGUGGCCAUCAUCCACAAAGACGCAGAGAUGGUCCGACUGCUCCGGGAGGCGGGGGCGGACCUUAACAAACCGGAACCCACGUGUGGCCGCAGCCCCCUGCAUUUGGCAGUAGAGGCCCAAGCAGCCGACGUGCUGGAGCUUCUUCUGAGGGCAGGCGCCGACCCUGCGGCCCGCAUGUAUGGCGGCCGCACCCCGCUGGGCAGCGCCACGCUCCGGCCCAACCCCGUCCUCGCCCUCCUCCUCCGCGCGCACGGCGCCCCUGAGCCCGAGGACGAGGACGACAAGUCUGGGCCCUGCACCAGCAGCAGCGACACUGACAGCGAGGACGAGGGCGAUGAAUACGACGACAUCGUGGUCCACAGUGGCCAGAGCCAAAACCAGCCACCUCCCACCCCAGCCGCAAAACCUCUCCCCGACGACCCCAUCUGACUUCUUUGUUAAUAGCAUUUCCGGUUUAAUAAAAUCCCAGUCCCACAACCAGAGCCGAGGCCGCCGGCCGCC